AUGUCUUCCAACACAUCUCCUUCAAGACCGGCCUCUCCCGCGCGAGAUGGACAACCCAGCGCCAGCCGGGCAUACCGGGACCAGCUCAGCCCCAUCAUCACCGUCACCACUCCACGCGAAAAGAAGAAGAAGGUCGGCUGGGUGGGCAAUCCCGAGGAUCGAUCGCCUCCGACGGAAGUCGACUAUUUCUCGCAUGUCCCGGUUCCCGACUCUCGCGCUAGCACACCCGGUGUGCCCGAUGCCGCCAUAACCAGCCCGGCACGAAGAGACUCUUUCGACAAAGAAGAGGUCACCAACGCCCUGGAAAGGAUUCUAAAGCCCGAGGACCACGCAGGCCCACAGAUGCCCAAGAUGCCGCUUCCAAACCUGCGCCUGCCGAAGCCGGUGUUGCGGAAGCAACACUACCCUGAGAACCCUGCCGAGCCUGUCGAGGGGCUGUCCCAUCCAUCUGAGAUCGAGGCAAGACACAGGGCUGGUAGACUGGCCGAGAGCGUGUCUGGCGUGGUAUCAAGGGCCUCACCCGAUGACUCGCCACUCAUGGGAAAUUUCGACGACGUAAGCCUGUUGAACCGAACGGACACUCACGACCACGCUGCGGCUACGGGAGCAGUGAAGCCAGACGAAGACGUAGACCAAUCGGGACUCAAGUUCCGCCAGAGGGUCGAGGCAGAUGCAGACAGGCUGGUACGAAGUCAUACGAAACGCCGUGCGAUCAGGGGCACCCCGAUGGCAUUUGCACAACCACAGGAUACAGAGUCAAUCCGGUCUGGCACAGCCACACCGGUCGCAUACGACCUUGAGUUUGUCCCACCUGCUCCUACCAACUAUCACGGAGGUAUUCUAGGAACAUUGCUCAAGCUGUACAAUGCGGAUGAUCGGAACCACAGCGGCGAGGGGAGCGGUGCAACGACCCCUUCGCGGACCCCCAACAGGACACCCCGUGGGUCACCACCCAGCACUGCGCCAGGUACUCCCCGACCAGAGCGCCCACGAAGCGGAUUGUUCGGCCUGGGAGCUCGCCACUCGGCAUCCACGCUUGCCGAGCUCAUAGGCUCGUCGUCCACUCUUGCGACCCCCGCCGCUUCCAACAAGGACUGGUCCGAGAUAGUGACGGACAAGCUGAAGCGCGAGAGAAACGAGCGAAACGAGCGCGAGCAACGUCCCAAGAAGGAGCACAAGCGGAAACCCUCCAAGACGCCCCAGCAGAAGAUCGAACAGCUCCAGAUCAAGAAGCACAUCGCCGAGAUCAUCAGCCGCCACAAGUACAUGGUCAAGCUAUGCCGCGCAUUGAUGGAGUUUGGAGCUCCGACGCACAGACUCGAGGCAUAUAUGGCCAUGUCGGCUAGAGUUCUGGCAAUUGAGGGACAGUUUCUCUACCUUCCCGGCUGCAUGAUCAUUUCAUUUGACGACACUCAAACCCACACCACUGAGGUCAAAAUCGUUCGGGUACCACAAGGUGUAGACCUGGGCAAGCUCCGAGACGUCCACGAGAUCUACAAGCUGGUUGUCCAUGACCUCAUCGGCGUGGACGAUGCAAUGUCCCGGUUGGAUGCAGUUGUCACCAGGAAGCACAAGUACAACAGAUGGAUUCGCGUGGUGACCUACGGCCUAGCCGCUGUUUGUGUUGCUCCCUUUGCUUUCCAGGGCAGAUGGAUCGAUAUGCCUAUUGCUUUCGUCAUGGGCUGUAUCGUGGGCCUGAUGCAGCUUAUCAUGGCACCCUCCAGCGAGCUCUACGCGAAUGUGUUUGAAACCUCGGCGGCUUUGCUCAUGUCUUUCCUAGGCAGGAUGUUUGGAUCAAUCCAGUACAAGGGAGAGAAUCUGUUCUGCUUCUCGGCUCUCUCGCAAGCCUCUAUCGCACUCAUCCUCCCGGGAUACAUGGUGCUCUGCGGAAGUCUCGAGCUUCAGAGCCACAACAUGAUUGCUGGCUCCGUUCGCAUGGUGUAUGCUAUGAUUUAUACACUGUUCCUCGGUUACGGCGUGACUAUUGGAGCAGUCCUUUACGGUCUGAUGGACAAGAACGCGACGAGCUCGACCUCAUGUUCCAACCCCCUCAACAGCUACUGGGACCUGCUGUUCGUGCCGCUCUUCACUCUUUGUCUAUGUGUCAUCAACCAGGCAAAACACAAGCAGCUUCCCGUUAUGCUCACUAUUUCAUUCGCCGGAUACGUCGUCAACAGCUAUACAAAUAAGGCUCUGGACUCAUCUACUAUUUCUAACACCCUUGGAGCCCUGACAAUCGGUGUUCUGGCCAACCUAUAUUCUCGGCUCAGCCGCCCAGCGGAGAACUUAUGGCUCAAACUGAAGAUGCGCAAGGUGAACCAGGACCUGGAGAAGGGCAUUGCAAAAGCGAACGAGGACCCCGAGACAACAGCUCGGCGCGUGGGCUACGGUCUCGCGGCGGCGGCCAUGCUGCCGGCGAUCUUCGUGCAGGUGCCAAGUGGUCUGGCCUCCGGCGGCUCUCUGGUCUCCGGUGUGACCAGCGCGAACGCAAUCACAGGAAACAAGACAGCGGCAGCGUCGACUAUGGGAGCGUCUGACCUCAACACAGGCGCAUUUACAGUUCUUCUCAGCGUUAUACAGGUGGCGAUCAGCAUUUCGACCACGCACUACUUCCCUCUCAAGGAAUCAGCAGCGGUGGCGACCGACGAGCAGCAGCAAACCGCCCCGGCCACCGGCUCGAAGCAAUUGAGAAGCCUCAAAAUCGCAGUGCUCGAGGCGUCGGCGGGCCACGGAAUCAUGAUGCGGACGGGCGAAACGACAAAAUGUGGGCCUCUCUUCGCUUUUCGCAUCGAAGACCUCUCGCAAUGGUAA